AUCACAUCCCACGAAUUUCUGUCCCUCCGCCCUUCCUUUUUUUUGUUUCUCCCACUUGAUUCUGCCUUAUCAUUCUUUUGAUAUUCAUCAGUUUUAUGAAGAAUUACACAAACGAUGUCACUCGACCCCUUGCCGAAUCGCAACCCUACCCCUCCACCCACUCUGUCCCCCUCCCCGAUCCGUGUUCUCGUCCAAACUCUAACCCACCUGGUACCCUCUACCAACGAAGCUGGUGAAAAGAACAUAUACGAUGACAAGCUCUUCACCAUGCUUGACGCCAUCUGCCAACAUACUUGGAAAUGCGACUUCGACGGUCACGUGCACCGAUGGUACACCUACGGUGAUGAAUUCGGAUACAGCCACCGAAUGUGUUUCUUUCUGAUAGACUACGGAACUGCCCCAGGCGGUGAUGACUCCAAAGUACCGAUUGUGUGCUAUGAAUGGGACGGAAGUAAAUUCAUCGACAAGCCCCAGAUCCUUCAAUUCGAGGACGUACAAGCUGAGCUUAAAAGUGUGCCAUUUACACCAGCACCAUAUGAGCCUUCAGAAAAACCGCCCGUUCGGGAUAUAGUGCGGCGAAUGUUAAGGAGUGCGCGGAGGAUUCCCGUCCGAGAGUUGGACCAUAUGCGCGACCAUCCAGAAGACAUGGAGUGGUUGGAGAGGAAGGUGAAGCCCAGAUUCUGGACAAGCUUUCUGGAGCAGUUGAGAAAUAUUGAGAAGACGAGAGAGUGGGAGGAGGAACAGAGAAUCAUGCGAAGGGAGUUUGAAGAAGAAGAAGCGAAGCAGAAGGAAAUUGAGAGCAUGGGAGAUCGCUAGGUUUAUCAGCAGUUAUUUGGUUUGAGAUAUAGACAGAAGUGUAUGUAGCGUGUUACAUUCAGAUAGAUUGUUGAAGCAGCUAUAAUGCUUAUAAAA